CGCCGCCCUUUUUCUCCAUAUCUCCAACCGCCCUCCUCCUUCAUACCAAUCGCUUCUUCUUGCUCCACCACCAUCUUAAAAAAGUAUGCAAAUUUUGAUUUUUUUUAUUUUAUUGUUGUAAUUUUUUAUCUUGUUUGGUGCUUUGUGGAUUGUAUACAAUAUAAUUAGAUAUUAAAUGUUGUAAUAAUAUAUAGUUGUAUGGUUAUGAGUUAUCUUUGGUUGCAAUUGUAUAAUUUAACUAGAGAUUUACUAACGUUACAAUUUUGUUUUGGAAGGAAAAUUACAUGAUAAUGCAUUUAGUUUGACAACCCUAAUUUAUGAUAAAAAAAUAAACGAUCGGUAUGAAUAUUUAAGUUUGUAAUGUGAAAAUAUGUGAAAUAAAAAUUUUUAAUAAAUAGAGUUUGAAAACCCUGUGCAAGGUUGAAGUUUUUGAUUAAUUGAUUCCAUUGAUUGACCACUAAAAUUUAUUGUUCUUUAUGCUCUAAUUAUUAUUUUCUGUUUAUCUUAUCCUCUCUUUUCAGCUCUCUAUGUAUAACAAAACUAGAAACAAAGGUUUAGUGUUCAUCACUAUGGCACCAGAAGAAGAGGCAACUAUGGCCCUCGCUAACCUCAAUUCCUACUUGAGUGUUCAACGUCUUGAACUGCUGUUUGUUUACACUAAAGUAAAAUUAUGUAAAUUUGAUUAUGGGUUAACAUUUGGUGAUAUAGGAUAUGAAUGGUCGAAACAUAAAGAUUGAAUACGCUAGACCAAAGAAAAAUCCUCGUGCUGAAGUAGAAGCUUCAACAAAAAAGUAUACUGUUUAUGUAGGAAACUUGGCUUAUAGGGUAAGCUCUCAAGAUCAUCAGGAGCUCUUUGAUAGCGAUGGCAAAGUUAUCUCUGCUGAAGUCAUUUAUCAGAGCAAACCAAGAAGACCUGCAGGUUAUGGAUUUGUCUCCUUUGCUUCUAAUGAUGAAGCAAAGAAUGCAAUAUCUGAUCUUAAUGGCAAGGUAAAAAUGGGAUAAUUUUUGUGAAUCUUUUGUACCCCCGUUAUUUUCAUUAUGGUUAUCCUUGAUACUAGUCUGACUAGAAUUUUUUUUUUAAUACUGCAGGGAUUUGUGGGGAGACCACUAAGGCUGGGACUAAGUAAACUACAAACUGAAGAUAUUGGAAAGAUUAUGGAUGAGGACCUUGUGGGAUCCAGUAAGGCAUCAAAUGAGAUGAAUACAAAUGAAGAACUAUCAAACUAAUCAAUCUGAAGACUCAACAAAUGAGGCAAAGUAUAACGACAUUGCUAAGCAUGCUUUUGAUGCUUUGAAAAGAUUAGGACUUUCUGAUACCCAAGGACCUAUCACAAAAGAUUCAUCAGAUCCACAGAGUACAGGAAGACCAGGUGGAUUUGAGGGGGUCAUUCUUGGAAUUGGCGAGCUGGUUUACUCAAUCCUUUUAUUGACAAUUUUCUUCAUAGAGGUGCAGUGGUGCGAUUUUUUCUGCUUAAGGAUUACAUGUGUUCUAUGAUAUCUAUGCUUUCGUUUUAUGUACAUGUUUAUGAAGAAUUUUGUUUCACAUUGACAUGUUGAAAUAGUUUAUCAACCUUUUCUUUGAA